AUGGGUGCUUUCGCUUCGUCGCCCAUCGACGCCGUUCGUGUGGAACGCCGCACCUCACAAGGGUCCUGUAAAUGGCGCACUGCGGUGGCCGAAAUGCAGGGCUGGCGCAUCACUCACGAGGACGCGCAUUUCCUGGAGGCCGGCCACGAAGGCUCCGCGAGCGCCUUCUUUGGGGUUCUGGAUGGCCAUGGCGGGAAGAAGGCAGCCUUUGCUGCGGCCUCGCAGUUGCCAACCCGCCUGCGCCAAGCGGUCGACGGCGAUGGAGGUCAAGAGCAGCUGAAAGAGCGUGUGAGCAGUGCCUUCGCAGAGGUGGACCAGAACCUGAAGAGCAUCGGCGGUAUGGCUUCCUGUGGUAGCACCUGUGUUGCUGCCGGUUUGGAGGUGAAGGACUCGCAGGACCCCAACAUCUUCAGCUGCUUCCUGGCUAAUGCUGGCGAUUCCAGAGGCCUCCUGGUGCAGCUCCGUCAGGGUGCGGAGCCUGUGAUUGUCGCGUCCCAAGAUCACAAGCCUGACCUGCCAGCAGAGCGAGAACGCAUCUCGCGCGCCGGAGGAUUCGUGACUGGCCCCUCCCGGAUGAAUCCGGACGUCGCGCGGGUCGAUGGCAAUCUUGCUGUGUCGCGUGGCUUUGGUGACUUCGAUUUCAAGAAGAACCCGGACAAGGAUUCCACACAGCAGAAGGUCUCCUAUGUCCCGGAGCUCUUCUUCGCCGAUCUUGCUUCUGGUGACCUGGUAAUCCUGGCUUGCGACGGCAUCUUCGAUGUCAUGAGCUCCGAAAAGCUGGUGGAGGAACUCUUGCAGCACCUUGCUGAGGGCCGGGACUUGGGUGAUGCUGCUGAAGCAGUGCUGCACUCCUGCCUGCUUCUGGGUUCCAAAGACAACAUGACCUUGAUGGUCUCUCAGCUCGGUCCGCCCAGUUCGGAAGGAGCGUGGGAAGAUGGAGUGUCAAUCUCUGGGCUCUCCAGCUUCCAUGACAUCAAGGACAGAGAUCUUCAGAAGCUUCACUUCGACUUCCUGGAGCACUGUGCCCAGCUGGGACCACUGCCUGCGCCGGAGCGGGCGCUUUACGAGGAGGUGCGAGAGCGGAUGAGGGCCGAGAGCGAUGUGCAGUCGAGACUGGAAGCCCUGGUAGAGGAGCUCCAGCCAGGGGAGACACCCGCAGGCGCGCUGCGGAGACUUCGCCCCAAGAAGCGCAAGGCGAAUGAAAAGGAGAAGUCGGCCGAGGACGACAGGUGCAGCUUCACACGAAUCUCGGAGUUAUGUGACCAGCUCGUGUUCGACGGAAUUGCGUCUGUCUACGAGGCUUCACGCGCUGAGCUGAUGAAGCUUCGCAGCGUGAAAGCACGCGGUAAGAUGAAGGCCAAAGCUGCCAAAAAAGCAGGUCCAGGCAAGGAUGCUGAGGUCGGAGCCGCUAAAGCUGCGGAAGAUCCGAGUUGCGAGAACUGGCAGUAUCGCUGGUCGGCUGGCGACGAGCAAGGAGUGGUCUUCGGCCCCUUCCGUCGCGACAUGUUGGCAGAGUGGAAACGCCUGGGCUGCUUCACCGCAGAGCGACCCGCGGAGUUCCGACGCGUUGGGGAUGAAGGUGAUGCUUGGUUGGAUUGGAGUGAAGUGAGCUUCGACUAG